AUGUUGGCUUGUUUGCGAAUGAUAAAAUUAAGGAUAACAGAAAUAAUAGUUCUGAUUGUUGAAGACGCCAGUGGUUCUGAUGUAGUUGAAGGAACGGGGGAUUCUACUGCCGAUGAAGAAGCCGAGUCUCUCAAUG